UCCCACCGAUGGCGCCACUGUUUUUAAAUUACUCAUUUAAAUAGUGCUGUGACAAUGUCAUUGAUUUGAUUUCGUUAGAAUAUUUCAUUUUCUUAUUAAAAAUGACGUACAAACGCAAAAAAUAUCACCAUGGAGACACUCAUUUAAAAAAGGGUUGGAGAACAAGAAGAAGAGCGAAAGAUUUAGACCAGAUUGACGAGGAUUUGAAAGACGAAAAUGUUAAAAAUUUGCUAAAUCAAGAAGUGGAUUUAGAGAAACCAGGAGCGGCUCAAUAUUAUUGUAUACAUUGCGCGAGGUAUUUUAUAAAUGACACAGCUUUACAGGAUCAUUUAUCAACAAAAGUGCAUAAACGUAGAUUAAAAGCUCUUGAACAGGAACCAUACAGUAUAGAGGAAUCUGAAAGAGCUGCUGGAAAAGGAAGUUAUAUUAGCCCACAAAAACGCAAAAUUGAAACUAUAACUCGUGAUAGUUUUAAAAUGGACACAGAGUCAGAAUUGUUGCCUCAAGCUAAAAUGGCUAAAACAGAUGUGUAAGAAUAAAUUUGUGGACAAUGUGA